CUGUUUUUUGGAGCUAUAAUACUAACUUUCACGGUCCUUUUUAGUUACUGGAAGCGGUUAUGGCGUUGGACUACUUCACAAAGUCUUUCGAAAGAAGAAAUAGAACUCGUAUUCACACAAGACAUUGUUGAAGGGCUAAGGCAAGGUCUUGCCAGCUACAAAACAAGAGAACCCGAUGAGUUUACACAACUGCAGUCCAAGCAUGCAGAUCAAGCUAAGCUACUCAGUGUUGUUCAGACUUUACAGAACUACAUGGAUGUAAAUUGCUUUCAAAUAUGGGAAAUAAUAAAACAUUAUAUGUGUGAUAUUUCAUAUGGAACACCAGCAAAUGCUUUAAAGAAUGUAGCAUUUGUUGAUACAAGACCCACAUUCCUGUCACCUAAUGUUUGGCACUUUUAUUAUGCUGAAAGGUUAUUUCUGCUUAAACUAUUUCAAUACAUCAUUCAAUUCAGAUCAAAUAUCAGUCACAAAUAUCAUGAACAAUUCACAAAAAUAAUUAACAAUAUAGGUAUCCAGACCAUAAAAACAUCCCUUAUUAAACAGUUUGAAAAAUUGUUGUCGGAGGCACCACCAUCCAGAAAAAUUCAAAGUGAAUUUGGUAGUGAGUUAAUUCGACAAGAAUGGGCAGAGUCAAAUUUAAGGGAGCAACUUGCACUCUUACAAACUUUGUUAUUAAUAGUCAAUGAAGAGCCAAUAUCUGAAUCAGAAUUCACUGAUUUAUUGAAGUUAUUUAGAAAACACAGUUUUGGUAAAAACCAAAGUUAUUAUGAAUUACUGGAAGAAAGGCAUAAAGAAGCUUGUUCAAGAAUUAUGUACAUGGAAAUUUGUAUAUUUAUGGUGAUUUGUGAUCAUGAAAAAAUUAAAAAUGUAUCCAGUUGGUUGGAAAGUACAAAAGACAUAGUGGAGAGUGAGCUUACGAAGCUUGAACUAUCUCCAGAACAUAGUGCUAUGCUCAUAACAUGGAUGAUGCUGACACUUCAGAGUAAACAACAUGCAAAAUUAUUUGAAAAUCAAUAUCAGCAUUAUGGCGCCACAGCACUUAGAAUGAGAGUUUUUGAAUUCUUGCAACAGAUGUUAAAGAAUUCUGUUUUUUCAGACAAAUCAAAAUGUGCUUCGAUAGCAAGACAUCGCAUAUUUCGACUUUUAAACGAUCUCUGUAAUAAAUUUGAUGGAGAUGGUACAUUGAGUCAGCAGCCUGGUGUCAUGAUUCUUUGUUCAGAGCUACUCCAAUCGCCUGAAAUUACGGAGGAGUUUUGGAAAUUGCGUCAAAAGGAUGACGAUUUUGGUGUUGUAUCAUUAUGGAACACAGCUUUGGAAUAUUUUCCAUACAAUUUUAAUGCAUUAUCAAUUUUGUCUGCUGGAUUAGCGCAAGCUGGGAAUUCAAGUAUUAGAAAUUUAUUAGCGGAAUUAAAAAAUCUCCCAGUCUAUACUGAGAUAUACAACCCCAAUGCGGUACCGAUAAUGUCGCUUCAAGGCGAUGAUGCCAUAAUAGGUCGUGAAUAUUGCCCCCUCGGCGACCCGUCCUACCGUAUCGAAACUGGAUCAAGAGCCACUAUAAUGGAAAGAAAAGAGGGUACCAUGGUACAUUUUAGGACGCCAUACUCUUAUUGGACUAUAUUUAACAACGAGAUUGAAAAAGUAUUGGAUCGAAAGCAACAUCAUCAGCAUAAUAUUAAUGUUACUUUAGAGAGAGUAUAUGAAGGCACGAAAUUGUUAAAAGGAGUUUUACAAUGCCUAGCAGGAGAGACAGAAAUUCCAAAGAGUCUUAUAGGCCCUAGUGAAGGAGUUUUUGAUGUGUUGCUGAGGUUUAUGAGGGCAGAAGAACCACCUUUGCCAUUAUUAGUUGAAUGCCUCAACGUCUGCACUGCAUUGAUAACAUUUUUUCCUAAAGAAAUUCAUUUAAGGUUAAGAAACACUGGUCUUUUGCCACGAAUUAUAAACCACCAGUUAUCGCAUUUGGAGUAUGCAAAUGGGACGUCAUUCGACUCGUCGGCUGUCGGCACCUAUUUGGUUAUAAUUGAACAACCCAGUGGCUCGUAUAACUUUUUAGGGGCCUAUAUUGAUAUGUUGUGUGCAUUUUAUGAGACAUCGAAAGAAGAACGCAUAACGUCAGAAAUAAUUCUACCGGGCCUUGUACUCAUCUUACGUGAAGUCUUCCCUAACAUUUGUGGCUGGCGGUACAUCAACAGUUCAGAGCGCAGAGGCUUGUUGCACCGAUGCACCAAGUUUCUCACCUCCAUAAUGGAACCCACUAAAGAAUCCAACAAAACUAUCGAACUCGUCAAACGGACGUGCAUACAUAGUCUUUUAUAUAUGGAAAACGCUCUAGAGCUACUGAAAAUAGUUUCUAUUGGUAAUGAACAACUGGAGCGAAUGAUACAAGACGAUACUAACUGGAUAUCAGGAACCGGCUCACAGUACAUAUCAUCUAUCCAGAGGUGCCUUGCUAUAGUGAUGUUCGCACUGAAAUUGAAAACUCUGGUAGCUGAGGAAAGUGAAGUGACACCGAUGGAGAAGCUGAUCUUUGCUCAAAACAAGCAAAAAGAUUUGUUGAAAGUUGUGCCAAAAAUAACCAGUUAUAUUAACCACGCGUUUAAUAAGAGUCUUCCUGUACUAAGUUGUCGACUUUUGAAAAGAUUUGCGGAUGGUUUUCAAAUGUCACUAUUCGCCUCCUUAGACAUGACCGCGUACCAAGUACGCGUUAUGUUUUUGGAUCGCUUACGGGACGAAUAUGAAACAACUGCACUAAAAGUGGCCAUAUUAGAGUUUGUUGCCACAUGUAUUGGUACGCAACCAGGACUCACUGAAGCUUUCUUUAUGAUGAAUCAUGAAAGAUUAAAAAGUGAAGAAAAAGACAAAGAUAACAACGAAAAGGAGGCAAAAGAACCAGAAGACAGUUUUGAAGGAAUAUUAGGAUAUAUGGCUGACUAUCUUGGGAGCGUUAAAGCGGACGCCAAAUUAUUGCACAGUCCACUACUGGCUUGUAUCAUGGCGCUUUUUCACGCACUGUGGAAAAACAAUAUGCAAAUUUUAGUCAAGAAACUACGUGAGAAUCCAAAAUUUUGGGAAUACAUGACUAGUCCACUAUUUAGCGAUAUUCAACCUGGCUUGAGAACCUAUGGACAAAUAUUCAAUGUACUUGGUAUAGAACUAUUUGUAUCGAGGGGUAAACUAGAACCUAAUCUUAAAGAGAUGCUAGAACUGUUUUUUGAUACAAACAAAAAUCAUUUAGAUAAGUGGAUAGAUUUCAUUUUCUCUUUCCAUGGCAGAAGCGAUGAUGAAGAGCCUGUUGACAAAGUUCCUGUGUGGCUAAGUUUGUUAACCUCAUGGAAAGAUUUCAUGACAAUCUUCUGCAAAUGUCUACCAAUAAGUUUAAACAUCGCACACAAAGCUAAAAUGGUUGCCCCUUGCAUGAACGCUUUAUUGACAGAAUUGGAUGAGUUAAAAGACAGUCGACUAGUUGUAAUACUUGCUGAGCUGUAUGUAAUAUUGUUAGCAAAUUGGAAAGAAGACUGUUUCGAUAAUCGAAAAGCGAGCGCCAAACAAAUCGAUAGUCUUCUAACAAAUACAGCAGUUGUGUACGAAUGUUUGCACCCGAGAGCAAUUCGGGCCAUAUUAUCGAUUGGAACAGUCGCUAUUAGCAGCUUAGAUUAUGAGAUAAAAGCAAAUAGUGUAACUGCUCAAGGCAUAAUUCGAUCCGUAACAAAUAUCAACAGUAUUGAGUUAGAGAAAUUGCUUGAUAACAUCAGUGAUAAAACUGAGACUGUGCGAGAUACACACACUAAAGAGGAAGUGCCACCUGUAGUUCUAUCUCUCGCUAUGUUAGAACAAUGUCUAGAUUUGUAUGACGAUAUGUUCUCAGGUCUGUCACAGUGGUUCCAAUCAUCGAAAUUUAUAAAUAAAUUACUUUGUUGCCUACAAGCCUGUUUGCAGAAUCGUAGUCAUUAUUUCACAUCUUUAGCUGCACUAAGAUGUCUCACAGCGUAUGCUAGAGGUCCAUUUAAUAAAGAUUUACUAAUGAGCGAUGUCGAUCAGUUCCUCUGGAUGCAACUACUUCCGCCCAAAUUUGAAAAUAAUGGCAAUGCUGCAUGGAAACCACAAGAAUGGUGGCGAGUGUAUGCUUACAGUUUAGACUUUAUAUCUAUGAUGGUGAUGAAACAUGGUCAGUUCUUCGCGAGUGAUGCAAUAACAUUUGUAGGAGUUCACUUGGAACAUUUGAUUGAAGCAGUGCUACUGCCACGACAUGUUUACAACAUCGACGCGUUAAAUCUCUGUGCUGCCGCUCUGAAUCUGGUUGUGCAGUUAGUCAAGUAUGAGACAAGUUGGCGUCUUCAGAAUAUUAACUCUUUAGUUGGGAUUAUGCGCAGUAUUAGCGCGUGCCUGUAUCAGUGCGUAACUGUGAUGCUGAGAACGCGGCGCACGUCCGAGCCCGCGCUGCAGCUCCACGACGACACACAAGUCGCCCAAGCUGCACAAGCUUCACAAGCCACGCAAACACAGGCUGUGUUGCACAGGACCCUUGAGAUUUUGCACAUGGCAACACUUUGCCUCCUCGCGUUCAGUCCAGAUCUGUUGUCACUUCUGGCCGACCCGGGACUGGACCUAGAACGUUGGCAGCCGCUAGUUGAACUUCACUUUGGUGCACCAAAGAUAUCAUAUGAGCCAUUCCCGCAAUUGACAUUUGGAACCAUACUCUCGGCUAUAUGUUUGUUAACGCGGUCAUUAAAUCAUGCGUACCACAGCGAGGAGGGCGGCGGGUCGCGGUCGCCGCGCGGGCGCCGGCGCGCGUGCUCGUGCAGCCCGGGCGAGCGCCGCGCCGCGCGCGCCGACUCCGUCACCUCCGCCUCGUCCGCCGCCAGCGCGCCGCCGCGCCUCGACGAGCGCCUCGCCGCCGCCGCGCUCGAGGCCGCCGCCGCGCUGCUCGCCUCGCAGGCUCUUCUGGCAGUACGAGAUCACAGCGUCCCGUCUCGUCACAAGCAACUGGUACGACGUGAAUUAGCAUCAGAGCUAACAGUAUUCCACGAUUUCGUUCGCAAACGAAUAUUGUGCGCAGCUCAUACGCGGCCACACCUUGUACGCAACAAACUGGGAGCGUGGCCAUUGCCGCCUGACGAGGAAGAACUCAAAAGGAUUGAGGAGGCGAGAAAAGAAAGAAAUAUUUCUGCAGACGAAGAAGAACGAUCGUUGCCCCCACCACCACCUCCCAAACGUGCCUCACACGAUUCAAUGCGUGAAUAUAUUUUACGGAAACACUAUUUAAAUAAAUGUGCUAAAACCCCCAUAAAAGAACCACCUUCGCCUGUAUCGCACUCUACACCAACCACAGAUAAGAAAAAAGAAACGUCAAGAAGUUCCAAACGUGUUUCUUGGGCAGAAACUACAAGGGACAGCGAUGAAAAUCUGGAUAGUUCGUUACAAGAAAUUGAACCAGUGUAUUCAAAUUUAACUGACGUACAGAUAAACAACGAUGAAGAUUUCUUUCAUUUCAUGUCGGUUGUUUUUCUUUAUGUAUGUCAAACUGACUUGUAA